AUGGCAGCCUUUGACCCCCCCACGGAGGCGGAUCGGUGGGAAGUCUUCUGGCCUUCAGAGUUGAUGAAUCUAGAAGUUGGGGUGGCUGUGGCGUAUCAGCCGGAUGCUUGUUUCAGCAAGUCAGGGCAAAGUUUACUGCCUGGUGAACCACACUUUCGGAACCUUCGGGUUCAGGAGCUGGCCAAGUCGCUGGAUCAGCCAGUGGGCACCGCCAUCCUUUUGCCCAAGGCCACAGGGGUCGUCCCGAGCCGAGCUCCGCCCCGGCAUGUCGCACGGCCACGGCAUGUCGACAUGAGGGCGCUCAACAUUGCGGGGCGGAGUUUCUCCUCGGCCAAGAUCUUGCGGGAGUUUAAGACCAAGAGCCGUGCACGGCUGGUACAGCUGGAGCCCGGCCAGGCGCUCUUCGUGGUGAAGUUCGAGAACCUCUCCGAGGAGUAUGCCGUCAUGGCCGCACUGCGGCAGCUGAAUUAUCUCUGGCAGAAGAGCCAGCUGUGCGUGGGCCAGGAGCUGGUGCAGGCGCAGACCUUCGGGAUCUUCCCGCUUUCGCCCGGGCUCGGCCUGGUGGAGGUUGUCUCGGAGAGCCGUACCUUGCGGGAGCUCUCGGAAGGGGUGCCCUUCAACGAACGGCAAUGGCGGGUGGUGCGAGCACUGAACCAGGAUUCCCAAAAGCUGGACCGCUUGGCAGCAAGCGUUUGCGCCUACUUGACCUCCAGCUAUGUCUUAGGUAUCCGUGAUGGUCACGACGACAAUCUGAUGCUAAGGCGCGACGGCCGGCUCUUCCGCGUGGACUUCGGCUUCGCGUGGGGGCGCACGCCCGAGAUCGACGCGCCGGGGAUCUUCGUGCCCAAUGCGGUCUACUUGGCCUUGGGAGAGGGACGCUGGCGCCAGGUGGUGCUGGGUUGCAAAGCCGCCUUGCGCGCAGUGAGCGGCUCACGGGCCGACAAGCCAGCUUGGGAGUGCCUCGGGAAGGCCAUCAGAUCGCUGGCGAGGAUGGAGGAUGGGUGA